CAUUUCCUUCUCUUUCUUUCUCUCUCUCUCUCUCUCUUCUCGUUUUAAAAUAUCUCUUAGUCGGGAUCUUGAGACUUGAGUCUUUAUUGAGUCUAAGACUCCUUCUCAAGAAAACCCCAAUUUUUUGAAAAUUAGGGUUUUCCCGAAAUAAAAAUUCAAAAAAUAAAAAUAAAAAUAAAAAUGAGAGAAAUUAUAAGCAUUCAUAUAGGUCAGGCUGGAAUUCAAGUUGGUAAUUCUUGCUGGGAGCUUUAUUGUCUCGAACAUGGCAUUCAGCCUGAUGGUUUGAUGCCCAGUGAUAACACAGUUGGUGUUGGGCAUGAUGCUUUUAACACAUUCUUUAGUGAGACUAGUGCUGGAAAGCAUGUCCCCCGUGCCGUCUUUGUCGAUCUCGAACCCACUGUUAUUGACGAGGUUAGAACCGGAACCUAUCGUCAGCUUUUCCAUCCCGAGCAGCUUAUUUCCGGAAAGGAAGAUGCUGCCAAUAACUUUGCUAGGGGACAUUAUACUGUUGGAAAGGAGAUCGUCGAUUUAUGUCUUGACCGAGUUAGGAAAUUAGCUGACAAUUGCACUGGUUUACAAGGCUUUUUGGUCUUUAACGCUGUGGGUGGUGGUACUGGUUCUGGUUUGGGAUCCUUGUUGUUGGAACGCUUAUCUGUGGAUUACGGAAAGAAGUCUAAGCUUGGCUUCACUAUAUAUCCUUCACCUCAGGUAUCAACAGCAGUCGUAGAACCUUACAACAGUGUGCUCUCCACACAUUCCUUGCUUGAACACACCGAUGUUGCUGUGCUUUUGGAUAAUGAAGCUAUCUAUGAUAUAUGUCGCAAGUCCUUGGAUAUUGAGAGGCCAACCUAUACCAACUUGAAUCGCCUAAUUUCUCAAAUCAUUUCAUCGUUAACAACUUCCUUGAGGUUUGACGGAGCCAUCAAUGUCGACGUAACUGAGUUCCAGACUAACUUGGUGCCAUAUCCACGUAUUCACUUCAUGCUUUCGUCUUAUGCCCCUGUUAUCUCAGCUGAAAAGGCAUAUCAUGAGCAGCUGUCCAUCCCUGAGAUUACCAAUGCAGUUUUUGAGCCCUCAAGCAUGAUGGCAAAGUGUGACCCAAGGCAUGGAAAAUACAUGGCUUGCUGCCUGAUGUACAGAGGAGAUGUUGUGCCAAAGGAUGUUAAUGCCGCUGUCGCUACCAUCAAAACAAAAAGGACAGUUCAGUUUGUUGACUGGUGUCCAACUGGGUUCAAAUGUGGUAUCAACUAUCAGCCACCAACAGUUGUACCAGGGGGUGAUCUUGCCAAGGUGCAGCGAGCUGUGUGCAUGAUAAGCAACAACACUGCUGUGGCAGAAGUUUUCUCCAGGAUUGACCACAAAUUUGAUCUCAUGUACGCUAAGAGGGCAUUCGUUCACUGGUAUGUUGGUGAAGGCAUGGAAGAGGGAGAAUUCUCUGAAGCUCGUGAAGAUUUGGCUGCUCUUGAGAAAGAUUACGAAGAAGUUGGAGCUGAAGGGGUUGAUGAUGAGGAUGAAGAGGAAGAAUAUUAGUGUGCAUUUUUCAUAGUGAUCAUGAACAGGAUGUGUUUAAUGUCUUUCUCACUUUCUUUGUCAACAUUUAAUUCUUAUAUUCUCUUGCUUUCAUGCAAUUAAAUUGUAGAAUAUUGUCCCUUGUAAUGGAUCUGAGUUUUAUCUUCUUGAAUGGAAUGGAAUGGAAUGAUUUUGCUGCAA